AUGGUCGUCAAACUGUGCGCUUCUUUCGUCGCCCUUGACCUCAAAGAGUGGCCCCUCGGCAAUGACGAGGUUUUCGUCAGCGAGUGCCCGUUUCGAGAUGGCGGCCGCGCUGAUGUCCGUCCGGCGCAACUUGAGCCACAAAAAGUAGCCGCCGAACGUCGUCAUCGUCGACGACGGUCCCGUAGGCAAUGCGCCGCACUUGAUGUCCAAGAACUCGCCCAAGUGUUCCUGGACAGCCUGUGCCAGCAGGCGGUGUCGCCACUGCAGUGCGGGUCGUACUACCUCCCGAAGAUGUCGGUCCAGCUCGCCCGUGCCGUACGAAAACGCCGGCGUCGCCUCAACCCAGCCCGUGCGCAUGCCUGGUGCCACGAUCUUGCUGAAAGAGGCGUUGGAGAUGGCGUUGCCGAAGCGCCGGUCGUGAACGUCUCUGCCGUCGUUCUCGUCGUCCUCGGCACGCGGCAGCAUGCGGUCAACGUCGACAAGGCGCGGCAGCGGCGCCGGCAGUGCGACCGACCCCUGCUUGUUGGCCAGGACGGCGUCCGCAUGCGGCACAUCCCACUGCAAGAAAUCGUAGACGUCGUCGGCAAUCAGCAGAGCAUCGUAUUUGCGCGCCAGACGCACCAGCUGCUCGCGCCGUGCGACCGUCAUGCGGCUGCCAGACGGGUUGGACGAUGUCGGCACUACGUACACCACGUGGCGGUAGGCCUUGCGGUCUGGUGCCAGGUUGGGCUUGUAAGAAUCCGACACGGGCGGGCGAGGUCCAAACUCUUGGAAUCCGCGCUCCAGCGCCUCUACAUCGGUACCUUUGUCGUCUUCGGGCACGGCACGCAACCGGCCUGCGAAACCCGAAUCUUCAAAGAUGGGGCACAUCAAGAAGUAGCACGGCGCCGACACCCAGAUACAGGCCGUGUAGGCCGGGUCUGUAAACGACUGCAAGAUGCACGCCGCGUUUUGGCUCGCGCCGCCGGUAAUGCAAAUGCGGCUUGGGUCGUUGGGCACGCCGUACACCGAGAAAAUCCGGCUCAAGUAACUGGCCAGCAGCUCGCGCAGAAGCUGAAAGCCAGCGUCGGGGCCGUACUGCAGGCUGCUGACGGCCAUGUCUGA